CUUCGCCAGAGAAACACACGGCCGCAGCAGUCUCACCUUCACCUCGCUCACUUUUCGGAUACAACCACAAUGAAGAUUGGAUUUCAACCCAAUAAUCUUCACAACUGAGGGAAAAAUCUCUUUGUAAAAAUUGAAUCUAAAUCAAAUUAAAUCAAAUCCAACCCAUCCAAUUUAUUUCUCCUCGAUCCUCUCGCUCUCUCUCAAAAAAAGGAUGGAAUGUUCCAAAGAAAACAAGAAACAUUUCUUUCGAAAGGGAGGACACAGCCAGCCCUGUCCCCCAGGUCAAGGUCAGGGUCAAGGUCACCCGCAGCACCAGCAGUCAAUCAGCUAUGGCAGCUCUCGAAGCCAUCAACAACCACAUCAACGCUCCUUCGACAUGAUCUCAGCUGCACCUUCGAUCACAUCGUCGUCUUCUUCCACGAGUCGGGCUGGCGGAGGAACGCGCAAUCUGCAACAUGCAAACAUUGAAUUUGACGCGAAGCAGUUGCAAGCACUGCAAAAUCUUCAGAAUUUACAAGCUCUCCAAAAUCUGCAAAACCUUCAGAUUUCUGGGAGAAUUGCGCAACAGCAGUUACUCCAGCAGCAACAAUUGCAUCAGAAACAGCAACAAUUACUGCAACAACAGCAGCUUUCGAAACAUGGCGUUGUUCAGCAUGGAAAUAAGAGCGCAAUUUCCCGCGUGGGUGCGACCUCUGGAGCGUCGGGAAGUCUGGAUGAGGCAGAAAUCAACAUGAAUGCGCAUCGCCGCUACAUGCUCGCCCCUCGCCGGGCGAGAAGCGCGGAACGAUUUGACGGGAUGCGAGUCCAGUUGCAGCACCAGCAGUCCGGAAGUGGGAGUGGUUCUGGUGAGCUGGCAUCCUUUCUCGCCAACCCGAAUACGAUGGGACGAUCCUCCGUUUCCAACAGCAGCCAAGGAGGCGAAGAAAUCAGAAGUUAUCGUUCCCCAGCUCUUCGGCAAUUGGAUAACACGUCGCUACCCUCGUCAGCGGCAGGGUCUCCUCUGAACCCGGGAGGGACAAACAAUGGGAUGAGUGGACCGGUCAACGUGACUCAGCAGCCGCCACCCAGCAAUGCACCCGGGGUCCGAAGACCAAUCCCCAUUGUGGGCGUGCCCGGUGGGAUUAUUGGCGUCAAGUCUAAUCUUGACUCGGGAUAUCCGUCUCCGCCACCAUCUUAUACGACGGCAACGGCUUCGUACACUACGGGUGGAAAUGAGGCUCGGGAUCCUCCCCCGUAUCAUCAGGCGAUUGCAUCUGGAGGGAUAAAGCAUCCCCAAGCCCUGGGCCGCCCAGGAGUUAAGGGAUCAUCGUCAUCUGGACUGGUGGGGAACAAUCGGUACGCCACGAUGGGUGGGCACGGCCACACCCAUUCGUCCGGCAGCCACUCCCUCAGCUCCACUCCGACGGGCAAUCAGGGCAUCAGAAGCGUCGCUUCGACACCAAUCUUCCCAAAUAUCGACAACUCUUGUGGGUGUCACAAGUGUCAGUUGCAAGGACGAACUCAUGAGGGCGAUUAUAACGAUGCAGUCUACAUGGAGAGCCAAGCUUUUCUCAUGCACGAAAUAAUGACGGACGGGAUGGCGUUCUGCUCCAUCGUUUAAGCAAAUUGGAUUACCAAGCAAGCAGAAAAAAAUGAACGAGUUUCACAAGAUUCUCAACUUGUCAACUUAUGCACGUAACAAGGGCAAGAUUUUUCUCGUAAUGAUGUAUGUACACAUUUAUGUACAUAUACUAACAAUCAAUUAAAGCAUGGUUUGCCAGUUUUUCUACAAGAAAUCUGUCGAAUCAUGUUCUUCUUCUGUACUUUCUCUCUGAAAGUUUACUUUUCCUUCAAGAAAGGGGAAAAAUAAGUAUGUACUUUACGUAAGUUUUAAAGAAUAGAGAAACAUGCAUGCAUAAGCAACUUUUUAAAUCUAAAUGUCACAACAAUUUGUCAAUGUUACGUAUGAUGAAAUGCAGUAUUAGUUUUCAAUUCGACGCACGAACAAGUUCUUUCAAAUUUUCAGAUUCACCUCCUAUAAGUAAAUAUGCCAUAUAUUUACCUGAUAUAACUUAUUGCACAACUUUCCCCCUGAAUUUUUAGCCUAUCAUCAUCAAUUCUCUGGAAAUACGUAUCUGUCUGCCGAAUUUUAAGCCAGUGUAGUGUAGUAGAUACUUACAAUGACCAAAAUUUGGGAUUAAGGGCAUGCACGCAUGGUCGACUCGCUUCCUUCCCUUCUCCCAACAAGAGAAGAUGGGUAUGAAUCGGAACUGCGACUGAAAUGUGUACCUCUGAACGCGUGGGUUAUCCAAAGAUAACAUUUUCUCACUCCGUGCAUACUUUCUCCCACACGAAUUGACACCUGAACGCACAACAAUUUGAUAUUUCUAAGAUUUUAAAGUAGUUAAAAAUUAGGACGAAAUCUGUACUUGCCGACUCUCAUUUGUCACGUCAUAGAGAAGCGAAUGGUAUAGAGAACCCAACUCAAACUGUGAAACGAUGCGGAAUAAUUUGCUCGAAGUAAAGAGUAAGAAGGGAAAGAGAAACGGGUGGAAUAAAGUCUGGAGAAAUUAUGCUUCUCCUCAGUGUAAGAGAUUUGGGGAGAAAACUUUAUUGAACUGGGCUCAAUAAGUAUGAGACGAAAAAGUGGGUCUACUACUUGAAUAAUAUGUAUGUAAAGAUUAGUGAUAAAAAUUGCAAGUUUUUUAUAGAAUCCUCCUCUUUCUUUCUUUCUCUCUCUCAUAUGUGUCCUUAUCAUAAUCAUCAUCAUUUUCACGCUCGUCAUUACUGUCAUCAUCUGAGUCGACCCAAUCGACCUUAGUUGAAGGAGGUGAUUUCAUUUCUUCAUCUCUUCAGCCCGUGUAUGGAUUGGAUCAAGUCCUUGUGUGCAUGAUGAAGGAUGGAGGAACUUUCUCUGCCCGACCUUAAUUUUAUUCCAUCCAUCCAUCCAUCCAUCCACUUUCUCCUGGCUUUCUCUCCUCUCCCCUCCUUGCUACCUUGCUACCUCGCUUUCUCUCUUAACAGUCUUGUUACGGUGUGUGAGUAGUGGUUCGAGAGGGAAAGUGGUGGUGGGCACGGCUCAGCAUAAGUGAGUCAAGCAUCAAAUCACAGGCCCAAGGUUGUCUCUUUUUCUCUCUGGGCCAACUCUUGGAGAGUGAGCCGACAUCAUCGUCUCAUCGGAAAGCAGGGCGAAAGUGGUUGUACAUAUGUACGUAACGUACGUAGCAAAAGCAGUGGCAGGCAGGCAAGUCGGCUCAUUUGAAAUAUUGAUUCAGCCAGAAUAUCUUAGGCAAAUUGUGUCUGCUUUUGUAACUUUGUCUGUUGACCGAGUUGUCGGAGGAGGCAAGUCAAGACAGGCAACUGUUGGUCCAGUCAGAUGGAAAUCUAGGGCUAAACAUGGGACUCUGCUGAGUGAGUGAAGCAAUCAAACGGUUAGGGAGGGAUGGAGAUGGCAGGGUUUGGGCUACGUAAUAAGGUUGGUUAGGAUACUUGUGUUAGGAGAGGAGUAAUUUUCUUGCCCGUCUUUCUUUGUGAAGGUGAAACUGACGGAGUGAAGGGAAGGUUGUGGAUUUUGACUUUAAGCUUGGAUUGAAAAUUUGAAAAUUGAUGGAAAGUGGAAUCGAUUUCGAGUGAUGUUUGAUCUGUCAAAAUACUCCAUGACGAAGGGAAUACAAGAGUUGCACUAGGAUUGAGUUUGUGCUUCGUUUAGUGUAACAGGUUUAGGUUACUGUUUUCUUGGAGAGAGAGAGAGAGAGAAAACUCAUUUUUUCAACUAGAUUUUGUUGAUUUGUUUCUUGUUUCCAUUCUGGAAAGUGAAGCGACAUGUCCAUGUCAGCUAGUAGAGAAAAGGGAAAAUGGUUGGCUCAGUUUUUCGGAGGAGAGAAAGUUCCAAAUUCUGUCCAACUAUUCAUACAUAUUCGUUGUUGUUCAACUUUUCGAAUGGAUUCAUGCUUGAUAUUUGUAGUUUCUCCGAAUUUUGAGGAGGAUGCUGACACAUUACAAAUUACUAUAUUUUGUGCUGUACUGCACGGCCUACUUUAUGAUAUUAUGAUUAAAGCAAUUUCCCUCGCACAGCGUGAUGUAGAUUAACAUUAUACUCCAAGAUUUGUGCUGGAUGAUGUACAACAACAAUUUUCCCCGAGCAUUAUGUAUAAUUGAACGUUCCAGCACUUUCACCAGGCUAAAUGACUUUCUUCCCCUGAAACCGUGCCGGCCUCAACAAAUCCCCAACAAAUCCACCAGUCUAAUUACUUUGCUGGCUUUAGAGUCACAGAGAGGAGGAGCAUUUACUUAUUUAAUGGAAGUGCACUGAAAAGUGAAAACAGACCGUGGGACAGAUACCUACCUGGGCUAGAACUACGACGCAUCACGAGAUCGAUCAUGGCUUGAGAUGGAUUUGUUAACGUUUGUAUGAAUUCAUUGGGUUUGAUUUUUAAAGGGAAAUAUCAAGAUUCACGAACUUCUUGCACGUUCUACUUGAAUUUAUUCAUAAUAUUGUUUUUAAAGUCCGGGUAUGGUGAAAUUACAUAAUUUUUCUGCAUAAUACUCUUAUUGAUUAGUGUAAUUUUGACUUCCAAAUUAUGUAAACAGCAUUGUUACAUAAUUCCAAUUAGUAAAAUCGUAAAUUGGGAAGGAAUUAGCAAGAGCAAACCCUAUUUAUUAAGUCUAUGAACCAAGUGCUUGUCAAAUGGAGGCUGAAAAGCUAUAGGAGAAACACAAUUAGGAACUUUGACAAGAUAUCAUCAUCCAAAAAUCACCAAAAACACAUUGGAUACCUUAGAUUCUGAUUAUGGAUUUUAUCAUAUCACGUGAAACGGAGUUACAUAGAAAGCUCUCUUAUGUUAAGUGGCAUUUAUGCCAUAAAUCUUAUGCAACUUCACAUAAAACCCGAAAAAUCACAAGCUCCCGAGUUGACAAACGAAUUAAACUAAGGAAUAGUUAUUUAGUCUUUCCCUUCUAUUCCUAAAUCAAUGCACAUUACUCAAAAGAGUAAAUUGAGACAAGUACAUUACCAAAGUUUUGACAUUUAGUAAAUUGAGUUUUCCACCCAGAAACCUUGACUCACGAGUAAAACGCAGCGCAGCAAUGAAUCGAUCCCUCUCUCUCCUUAAUCUGUCAAACAAGCAGGAGAAGAAAUUUAAAAAGUUACGCUUACGUAACCCACAUCAUCCCAUUCUCCCUAAACUUUUGUCACCUGCCCGAAUUUUCAUUACCUUCACAUGCCACGACAUAAGAGAGAGAGAAAAAGGGAUAAAGUUAUCCGGAUAAAGUUGCGUGACUUGAUUUUCCUUUGUCUCUCAAGUACAUGUUUAAGUGGCUGACCACAAAACACUCUUUCUCUCAAAAUACUACUUCCCCCCAUUCCCACGCACUCAGAAAACCCGUUCUAUCCAUCUUACGUAAGGGGUCUUCUGUUUCACGUCAGUCAAUUAUCAUACGUGUGGCUGCACUUUCUGUCCUGGCAAAGUUUCAAGAAGAAGACUUGCUGAAAGGAAAAAGUGGUCAGGAAGGAAAGAAGUUAUGAAGAGUAAGUGGUGGGAUUGCAUUCCUGGGGAAAAUUGUCAGGAGGAUAAAAUUUUAACCGACUUUUGUGUGGACAUACAACGUAUUCCACUCUUCUUCGGACUCGUAUAGUCUCUCCUGGGGAAGGGGAGGAAAGUUUGCUGAGUGAAUUGUGAAAUGGGUUCAGGUCAGAGAAAUCGGGAAAGAGAAUCUUAGCAAUUUAGCAGAACAAGAGAGACCAAAGUUUAUAAGUUGAAUGCAAUGCAAUCUCUUUUCGCAACAUUCAAUUUCGCAACGCAUACACAUCUUAUCGUGCUUGCAUACGUAGGGGGAAAGUGAGUGAGUGAGUGAGUAUCUGUGUCGUAGGGACGACUUUAUUCCACUUUUCUUCCCAGAGAGGAGUUGGCUGGGUUUACGCAGGAGUUUAUUAAGUAAGUACAUCCAUCCACUACCUGAGGACACACAAUCGUGGUGGUGACAGUGUGCGAAAUGUCUGAAAGUACGAAAAUGGUUAGAGGUGAAAUGUGGAGAAAGUUGAGAUGCUUUCACAGCUCGGGGCACACACGCGUCGAGGUGUUGGUGAUAUGGCUUCGUUUUUUUAUUCUGGAGGUGUUUGAGCUGCGUUAAGUAGAGAGUUGGAGUAGAUUUUGUCCCGGUAUGUGUAUCACUUUGUGGCAAAUGCCUAAAUGAACGUGCCAUAUAAAUUGUUAUCUCUGCCUCUAUUUUGUCCACUUAAGUAUGUGCAACCUUCAAAAGUUGGUUGUUGCUGAAUGAAAUAUUUAUAUACGUCAGGAAGGAAGAAGGGCAUGGAAACUUUAACUUUGUUUCCUCCUCCUCCUCCUCCUCUAAUCAUCCACCCACCCGAAGGACCGGGACUAGAUGAAAGCUUUAUUAUGUACGCGAUGAGUAAUAUUGCAUUUGCAAAGUUUGCCUAUACUAAAUCCCCGCAGGUUGUGAGGAGGAUGAUGAUAUUAAACCCAAAGAUAAACCGUUUAGAUUAGAGACAUUAGUGCGAGUUAUGGGCAGCUGUGUGAAACUACAACUUUGCUUCUAAACAGUUUCGACAAAAUAAUAUUAUCAACUCGACCCAGAGAGAUGCGAUGUGAUGAGAAGGAGGUAGGCAUAGGCUGCUAAAAUCUAUACGGUUUAGUAUCAUCACGGCAAAUUAGACCAAGGACGAGGCUCUCGUUGGGUGCUGUGCUGGGCUCUUUAGAAAAUGCGAUUAGUAACUGUUUUGUAGCGUUGUGCAUUGUGCCCGAUGAUGAUGAUGAGUUGCUUUUACCACCACACAAUUCACGUCUCAUGUCCAGAAUUUAAUCCGCCGAGAGAGCUUGGGUGGUGGGAGAGAGGAUACAAUGGAAAGUGUGGGUGGGUGGGUGGUAUUUGCAACAAAGCAACAAAGUGCAAAAUUUAUGAUGGGGUUUCCUGCAACUGGUACGUACAUAAAUAUCAGAGUUGGUGAAAGUAUGUAAUCUCUAAAAUUUGCACAUAUCAUCCCUGUAAAAAUAAAGUGGAAGGAUUUUCUUGCUUUGUGGAGCUUAUGUAGUUCUGAUAAAUGCGCAGUUUGAAUGUCCACCAUUAUUCCACGUAGAGAGAGGGGAUGCUAUUUAAAUAUAUUAAUUAAACAGUGAACCAACGAUGCAUCCGACCAACAGCUUAUCUUCAUUAUUAGUGAGCAUACAUCAGGCAGGAGAUAAUUUUCUUGUUACACUCGUCUUCUCCUGACUAACGAGGUGGUUUCAUUUUCAUUCCUCCCCGGAAUUACACACUCUCUUGACUUUCAUCAUUUCCUGAUAAUUUAAGAAAUUGGAUUACAUUUCAUUUAAAGUGAAAGUGAAGUUGGGGGCAAGUCGGCCAAGAAUGUCAUCUCAUUAAAUGAUUUAUCCUUCCUUCUCAGAACCACCAGCGGCCUGCUCAAGUUCUCAGAGUUAUGAGACAUUUUUUCCCUUUCUCUCUUCUCCACGAUGAUGAUUAUACCAACCAAAGGAUAACAUAAGGGUUGGACAUGACGGCGGAGAAAGUUGUGGUUCUGGGACACUCAUUCCGCAGACCAAGCACUUUGUCGGCAUGGGGAAAAUUGCAAUUAAAAAUUUUGUACGAUUCAAGAAGAAGAAGAAGAAGAAAGAGGAAUGAAAUUGCACAUUUUUUGCUGACCCAAGAAGAGUAAUUUGGAGGCAAGUUUUGUGCGUUGGGUUGGCCGAGAGAGAGAUGAUAAGGUAUGGGAGAAGGAAGACUAAUAAAUUCUACUGUUUUCUCCCAAAUGCUCAUGAACUUGAAGUCCUGCGACAUUUGGCAUCACGAUCUGGAUCUAGAUCAAGUUUUCCUUCUUCUCUUUCUCUCUGCUAACUCUUUCCUUUGUGGAGCGAGAUCUUUAAUCUUUUACGGAUUUGUGGUUUGUUGGCUACAGUAAAAGAAGACCUGACUUUUGGCUAGGUUUUUGUGUGCGGAGGGAGAAAAUGAUUACAGUCUUAGAGGCACGCGAUCUGAUUUAGGGUUCCGAUUAAUAAAUUAUUAUCCUUUCUUUCCUGAAAAUUUUGGCAAAGUUUAGAAAAUAAUGAGAGAUCUGGUCCAAAAUGUUAUGUCGAGUUCGAGUGGGGUUCUUUAGAACGUAGUUUUAUUCUUUUGUAGGAAAAACGACAUGAAAGAAUUUCUCUUGCUAUGGAUUGAAAAUCUGUGUCAAAACUUUCUCCUCUUGGAAAAUUAUGUAAUAGUAAUUAAUUUGAGAUUAAUUAUUGAACUGAAAAUUUUGGAAAUGACUUGCAUGAUUCGUGUUCCGAUAAGAUAUAUAAGAUUAGAUUAUAACAACGUACGUAACAAAUUUUAAGUGGAGGUGUGACCACUUUGAUUAAAAUUCCAAUAUUUUCGGAAUUGUGCACUGCUUAAUGUAAUGUAAUGUAGGUAGCAAAAGAUAAUUGCAUUAACAUUUUAUGAUUGUAUUUAAUUAAUUAGUAAAUAGGAUUUACUAAUUUAGAAUUAGUUUAGAAUUAUUAACUUAACUUUUCAGUGUAACAAAGAAGAAGAAGUUUAAUGAAAGUUUGGGAUUACGGGAAAUGUUUAAAUUUGUACAUACAAACAAUUAAGAAAUUUAAGAAAUGCAUUCUAUGUAGAAUAGCAGAACGGAGCUGGAGCUGGUCUCCUAUUCUGAUAAGUUAUUAUCGAAAUAUUUAAUAGAAAUUGAUGUGUUAAGUAAGUACUUAGAAUUAAAGUAAAGAAUGAAUAUGCAAAUGCACAACGAGUGGGCAAGACCGUGAGAAACAACGCUGUGACAGAUUUGACCAAAUCAAAUUAUUGGAAUUAUAUGGAUUUUUUGUAACGUGCGUACCUUAUCUUAUUGUUAAUUAUUUAGUCGUAUGAGUCAAAUUGAGAUGUAUAAUAUUUAUAAGUAAAUAGCCAGACUUUCCUUUCCACGCGACUUUCUUUUCCAAAAUUCGAAGCAAAACUUUACCAACGUGAUUUAGGAGGAGAUUUUUGAUACCUUGUCGUAUCCUACUACUACAAUCACAAAAGUUCAAAUCAGAGACUUAACUAUGCUAAAAAUACAACUCUACAAGGAGUGAAAGUCAGCCAGUCAAAAUUUUCAGAAUGCCGAAUUCAGUAUUCAUUCACUCGCGCAUUCGUACCGUCAAUUAGUUUGUGGAGUUCAACCUCGAUAAUAUUUUGUAACAAAAUUUUAAACAGGCAACAAAACAAAAUUCGCUAAUCAGGAAAAAAAGUAUUAUAUUCGAGAAUGAUUGGAUGAAUGGAAUUACAUGAUCGCCAAUUUUGUGAAAAUUUAUGGCGAUGGUUAUUUGUCAAUCACAAUUCAAUUAUUGAAAUCAGAUUCAUUCAUCUCUCUCUCUGCUAUCGGUAUAUAAAUAUUUACUAAAGUACAUAAACCAAUAUUGAUGUUUGAUACCAAAAUGCAACUGUCAAUGUAUUGAUAACAAUGUAAUGGCUAUUUUGAGCUGUAGAAUUUAAUUGUGUAAUACCACGUAUUUAUGCACAAGCUCGUAGGAGAGCUUGCAGAUUAAUUGGAUUCGACUUAUUCUCAUGAAAAUGAGUUUGAGUUAAGCCAGGAUUUUAUUAUUAUAUGGAUAUAAAGCUUAUCAAGCACUGAUUUACUUGAAGAAAAACAACUUGUCGGUGCUACGUGUGCAUUCUAAAUUAUUGCCAAUUGAUUGGUUAAUUGUAUAACUUAUGUAAAAGAUAUUAUUCUUCUUGGUGUACAACUUGCUUUGUGGUUGUUGUAAAUAAAAUCUCAAAUGAAGAAAUAUGA